GCUCCGGUCGCCUCCGUACGUCGCGUGUCUUCCUUAUAUAUAUAAUAAGAGCUCUCUAGCCAUGGCUGUCUGCAACUGCAACCGCAAACAACAGCGAUCAGGCCAGGUAGCUGUUUUCUCACGAGCCGGACGCGAACACGCAGCUGUUUCCUCUCUUCCUCUUCGCCCUCUGCUCCUCCGCAGCAGCGCGCGCGUAUACCUGACCUGUACGCAUUCAGCAGCACGGCAUGACGAAGCAAAAGAUAGUGAUCAAGCUCAGCAUGCCAUCUGAGAAGAGCCGGUCCAAGGCCAUGGUGCUGGUCGCCAGAACGGACGGCGUCAGCUCGAUGGAGAUCGCCGGCGACGGCAAGGACCAGCUGGUGGUGGUCGGCGUGGACGUCGACACCGUCUGCCUGGUCAUGUGCCUGCGCAAGAAGCUCGGCUACGCCGACAUCCUCAAGGUGGAGGAAGUGAAGGACAAGAAGCCGCCCGAGGGACCCAAGGUCGUCGACCCGCUGCCGUAUUACUGCCCUUGUUAUUACGGUUACUACUGCCACCAUCACAACAACCCGUGGUGUUGACAACCGUACGUAGUGUACGUACGUGUGCAAAACAGCCAUUUUAUAUUUUGACAGGUUGCCAGUUUUUUUUCUAAUUAGAUUUAGACUCACAUAUACGUUUUCUGUACGUAUUUGGUAUUGUUCUUCUUCUGUUUCUGUUUGUAUAAGAGGAAAAAAUAUAAAUAAUAAAAAGUUUUGGUAC